CACGCGAGUGACGUUUGAGAUUAGUCAACGCUGACCUGGCUUCGUUUCAUAAAAAUACAAAGUGUUCCACGAAGCGUCGUAAGAAAAAUUGUUCGACAAAAUUCCGGUCGACUUCGAUUUACCAUUGCCGCUCUCUCGGCCUUUCAUCGAUCACCAUCGCCGAGCAUCUAGGUCAACUCAACUUCAAGCAAGAUGACUGUGCCGACGCCUUACCUGGACGCUAUUCAAAUGCUGCCUGGUGAAACACCUGGCCAGAAAUUCAGAUGGAUAAUGAAUCUGAUAAAAGAACGACUACACGCGACCAACAGGUUGGAGGAUGUGGUCGAAUGCGAGAAAAUUCCAAAGCCGCUUGUACCUCUGGUUCAAAUUCAGGCAGCCAUGAUACUGAACGAGAAGGAUCACGAUAAUCAGAGUAGCUAUGCGGCAAUAGCGGAGGCUCUUAAGUCCACAGAUGAAAUGGUAGUGCAUAGAGCGUUGCAGGCGCGCAACUUCUUCAACGGGACCAACAAAACCAUUACUAAUAGUCAAUACUUUUUUGACAACUUGUUCCCAUACGUCUCUUUGAAUACCAGAACGCGAAUCAUCAAAACCUUGGCCACUCGCCUGGCGUCCAAGAAUUCUGACCUGGCCGAAGAAUUCUUCUUGGCUGUAUCCUCAUUCUAUGGUCUAGAGCAAGCGUUGCCCUUACUCGUAGCGUGCAGCGAGUCUUUCAUGUAUAACACGAUCGUGGACAGAAAAAUCGUUUUGAGCCGGAAGCUGGUUAAACAAAUCUUUCGGAGCAACCCGGACAUUGUCGUGCGUUAUCUUAGAUUAAGUAAACCGAACACUGAUCCUUGCGCGAGGAAUCUUCAUCCGGUGAAUAUUUAUGAUUUCGGUGACGUCCUGGCGGCAUUGAUCAAGAAACGAUUGGAUUUGUUCGUAGAAUUGUACGAGAUGCACAAAAAUCUUCCUCCGAAUGUAAAUUUGAGCAAUAAGCGUGCCGAAGCAUUUCUGAAAAACGGCAAGGAACAUCUGUUACGAAAUCCCAAGUUGUAUAUUAAGUUGCUCCCACUGAGAAAGAUCAGUAACAGUCGUAUGGAAGCCAUAUUUGCGAAACUGUUCCCUGAGAACAUUAAGGAUUUCAAUACUAAUGACAUGUUGAACUAUUUGCAUUAUUAUCCACAGGAUAAAAAGGUGGAAUUUUUCCUGAAAACUUAUCAGCAGGUCUAUGGAAAAAGCAUACUGGAUGAUUUGGGUAAAAUAACAAUCGAGCUGUUAAAGAUAUUGCCCCCCGAAGAACGAACUAGACAAGCGAGGAUCAAGUUGCAGGAAGAAGAUAAUUCGUUGAAGGAAAUGGGAUACACACAUAGUUGGAGGUGUUACCUUCCUGCCAAAGAGUCGAUACCGUAUUUUAAGGAUGCGAUUACUAGUACCUCAGAGAUGGAGUAUAGAGCGGCAAUAGCGAGUAAAAUGAUCUACACGUGCAAAGUAAACAACGAUGAUCAGAGUUUGUUAGCGGUUCUGACGUAUCUAAAGAAUAGGCACAAAAACGAGCAAUAUUGGUUCCAUUCGAAGGUGUUCCAGACUAUGUUGGAACUUUACAAUCUUCCUCAUAUGGGUAACGAUUACUGGACGAUCUUACUCGAUAUGAUCGUGCGAGCUCACGUGAAAAAUGACUUGCUAGCGGGAAGUAGUAUCAGCGUUAAAAUAUUGAGUGCAGCUAUACACUAUAAAAUCCUUCAGAAUCAACCGAUUGAUAUGUUGAUCAAUAUACUCGUGGAUUUAAAAAGCAUGAGAUGUACAGGUUACUGGAAUAUUCUUCAAAAUUAUCCCGAAUACGAAAGAAUGUGUCUGGAGGCUUGUGUAAACGUAGUUUCAAAGAAAUAUAAUUCUGAUAAGACUCCUUGGAGGGAAGACAAAGUUGGGAUCCUGUUUGAUCUAUGUUCCUCGAUCUACCACUUCAACAAGUCCCACGUGACUAAAACCAAUCGCAUAGAACGAAUGUCGAUCAAAAAUUAUCCGUGGAUGAUACAAGCAAUCGAGGAAAUUCUAUCUACGACGGAUCAGAGUAAUAUAUAUAUAAUCGCGAAUCUACAAAGUAUAUUGGUGUCGGAACGAGAUUUAUAUGAUCGUUUCUGGCCAAAAAGCAAAGAACUCGCCUGUGUAAAAAAGGGCGAGGCUUUAAAAGUUCUGAAGAAGAAUCCAAAACAUAUUCUGGAUCACUGGAGGGAGUAUCUAAAAGCUUGCGAGGACAAAUGGAACUAUGAGCAGUCGAAACGAUUCGUCAGGGCUGUACGUUGGUAUAAUCACAUUCCCAUGAGAUUCGUCGAAAAAUGCCUUCAGGAUCUAACGCAAAAUCAGGACAUAAUCUGUUUAGAAAUUUUGGCUAUCCUGGUUCACGGAGAAACGUACACUCAAAUCAUCGAGCCUUUGCUUCCAACGAGCAAGACAGUAGAAAUUCAUCAGGAGGAUGCAAGGACUCGUUACACUUUAGUUGCGCAAGUCAUCGCUUCUAUGAAUUUCGCGAAUCCACCAGUUUCCCUGUCGGUGUUAAACAGGCUGUGCGAGGGAGAUUACUUGUUAGAUACUCUGAGAGCACUGAUAACUGUGACCAGAAAGACAAACGCAAUGGACGUGAUAUCAUUUGCCAGGACAUUGUCCAAUCAGAGGGUAUCUGUCCGGAAGCAUGGGAUCAGACUGAUACAUAUGGUGGCUCCUCGCGAACAAUUACUCACCUUCCUUCAUUCGCAGUGGGAAACCGAAAAAAACCACUCUAUUCGUGAAGUCCUGUUCACCAUGGCGAAGAAAGUGUAUCAGAACGACCCGGGACCCGCAACGUGGUCCCUGUUCGUUCAUAUGUUUUCCACGCUCACACCGAAGGAGAGAAAAUUGUUCUCUGACUCGCUGUUGCUAAUAAAUUCAGUCUCUGACCAAUACGUGGUCGAAUUCGUGAAAUUGAUCUUGAACAUGAUCGAUAGAUUCGCGGAAGCUGAUGUCGAGAAGUGGCAAAUCACGACAUACAUCACCGUCUUGUUGAACCAUAUAAACGCUGCCAUUUGUAACCUCCUACCCGAGGACUUCAUCAAGGAGCUCAUACGGAGAUUCUUGUUCUACGGAGGGAUAAAUAUCUCUCGUUGCGCCGCCAUGUUCGUAGUCACGACUCUGUUACUUCCAACAAAGGAUAAAUUCGACGAACGAAUGAAGAUCUUCUCUAGCGUGUUUAAGGAGGUUGUCGAGAGCGGAUGGAACGUGCCGCACCCCGAUAAUCCUCACUUCUACCCGGUGAACAAUGCUCUUAACUUAUUCAUCGAGGUAGUCACUCACACGUUUUCCUUCCUGGAUAUGGAACUACGACUGAUCGACGGAAUUCUGUCCACGUUUCUUUCCGUCCUAACUCCUCAAAUGGACCCAACGUCUUACUUGUUGCUGGUGUACAGCAGGGAACAGGUGUUCUCGAAGACACCCAAGGAAUUUGGAAUCAAAGUGGGUCAAAGGUUACCCGAGUUGAUCGAAAUCUUCUCGUCGUUGUUCAUCUUUUUCAUGACUGAUGUUUUACAAUGUACACUCGGCUGGAAUACGUUCAAGGAUUAUGACAAGAACGACGUGAACUUGGGUAUAAUCGAAGGGCUAAUGGAGGUAGGGACUAUAGAAGCGGCACUGAUGGCGGUGAAAUUGUUAACUCCCAUCACGUCUAAGGAGUACACCGAGAGGUACGACAAGGUGAUGAUGAAGUUCUCGGAAUUUGAUCAUCCGGUGAUCAAAAGUAUCGUCUGUAAUAUUAUUAAUAAAACAUGCUCCGACGAAUAAUCACGUUGUAAGAUGGAUUUAUCAAAUUGGGAUGAGGAAUGAGGUUCAACGAAUAGGCGUUAAUCGUUGGUUACCCUUCAUAUUACUGAAGAAAUCGGUCGUAUCUGUACAUUACGUAUGGCCGAUAACGAAGAACGAGAAAAUAGCGACAAAUUGGCGAGCAUUUUGUGUACAAAGUGUGGUUCGAUUGAUCGUCGAUUGAUAGUUAUACGUUACUGAGGAUCAAGGAAUAAUAUCGCGCACAAUUUGAGAGAUUCGAUAGACCGUUGAUCUGUGAAGUUCACAAGAUUUAUUUUGUUAUAAAAUGCAUUUUUUAUAUCGUAGGUAAGGAUAUUUGCAACAUGCUCGAAGAUGCUAUUUAUGGAAAUAUAUAUCAUUGUGAUACGAAACACUAAACG